CCAGCCUGGCAGAUACCUCUCCCUGUUUGUGGCGCAUAAGAUUUCAUAAUCCAGAUCUAAAACCAGCGCAGGCCAUACGCCUUAAUAUAGCUCAGCUGUUUGUUGAUAUUUUGUGACACUUGAAGAGGACUUGGGCCAAGGGGUUCACAACUGUACAAGAAACUGUGCGACGGGCUAAUUAAAGUCCCUCUGAGAAUACGAUGCGGGAAGACGACUCCUCCCCGAUGGACAGCGCUGGGAACAGCGAGGAGGAGAGCGACCGUCAGCUGCCGCGGAGAGGGGCGAGGAAGCGGCGGGCAGCGCGCAGGAGCACAGACGAGGAGGAGGAGGAGGAGGGAGGCGUGGGGAGCCCCAUCCGGGACAAGAAAAAGUGCAGAAAGAUCCGCGACGGCGGUGGAAGCGGAGGCAGCGAGGCCAGCAGCAGCAGCAGCCCAGCGCGCUCUUUCGACGACCUGCAGACGCAGCGCGUGAUGGCCAACAUCCGCGAGCGGCAACGGACGCAGUCACUCAACGAAGCGUUUACGUCGUUACGUAAAAUAAUCCCCACCCUCCCGUCCGACAAGCUCAGCAAGAUCCAGACGCUGAAGCUGGCGGCCCGCUACAUCGACUUUCUGUGCCAGGUUCUCCAGAGCGACGAGCUGGAUGCGCGAGGGACCAGUUGCAGCUACGUGGCGCACGAGCGCUUGAGCUACGCGUUCUCAGUUUGGAGGAUGGGGGGCGCGUGGUCCUUGUCCACCACUUAACACUAACUGGACUCGGGAUGUCUGUGAUGGGAAAUCAGGACUGAGGAACCAGUGCAUCGGGCCAAAGACAGCCGAGUCCCAGGAUCAGCUGAUCUGCUUCAGGCCUCUGAGGAACGCAGCCCUUUCGCAUUUCCCUUUGCAUGGAUUGUAAUGUUUGCAAAGGGAGCACUUAGGACAGCCGGGACGGAUAUGAAGACAGAGAGAGACCACUGCGACUAUGAAUGUUGUAAAAGCAAAACGAGCCCCCCAACAAACUGCUCUGUUUUGAAACAUGAGAGAGAGAGAGAGAGAGAGAGAGAGAAAGAAAAAGGACAAUCAACUCCACAUUCCCUGUGACAAUGUUUCAUGGAAAACGAAGUAUCUUGUAUUUAUUUUUGUAUGCAGGUAUGACAUUUCCUUAAUCCUCUUUCUCCAAUAAAGCUUAUUUAUUUUCAGGAUAGUGUUCAAUGGGUAGACAAUUUAUUGUGUUGUAAAUAUUUGGCGAUGUGAUGAAUAAAGAUGUUUUUAAAUGCAA